UUUUGGAGACUCUAUGUAAGUACCAUAAAAAAUAUAAGUUCUCACAUAGUUUGUAGAAUCUUUCUUGCAGCCCUACGACCAUCAAUCGAAACCUUAAAGAGAAGAUUCAGUUAUUCAGAGGUGAUGGCAAUGACAAACAAUUUCCAGAAGAUCCUUGGUGAAGGAGGUUUUGGGAUCAUCUAUCAAGGUUAUCUGAACGGUAUCGAGCAAGUAGCUGUUAAAGUACUGUCUCAAUCAUCAUCUCAAGGAUAUAAACAGUUCAAGGCUGAGGUCGAACUUUUAAUGAGAGUUCAUCAUAUAAACUUGGUAAGCCUUGCUGGAUAUUGUGAUGAAAGAGAUCAUUUGGCGCUGGCCUAUGAAUACAUGGCUAAUAGAGACUUAAAAGAGCAUCUCUCAGGAAAAGAAGGCUCCUCAUUCUUGGACUGGCAAUCUAGACUAAGAAUAGCUGCAGAAACUGCACUUGGAUUAAAUUAUUUGCACACCGGAUGCAAACCGCCUAUGUAUCAUAGAGAUGUAAAAAGCACAAAUGUAUUGUUGAAUGAAGACUUUCAGGCAAAACUUGGCGAUUUUGGUCUUUCAAGAUCUUUCCCUAUUGGGAGUGAAACUCAUGUCUCUACUGUUGUUGUUGGAACUCCUGGAUUCCUUGAUCCUGAAUAUUACCAAACACAUAGGUUGUCUGAAAAGAGUGAUGUCUACAGUUUUGGUAUCGUAUUAUUAGAGAUAAUUACAAACCAACUCGUGAUUGAUCAAACCCGCGAAAAUCCUCACAUAGCAGAAUGGGUAAGGUUUCUUCUUACGUCAGGAGAUAUCGAAAGUGUUAUGGAUCCAGACCUCAAAGGAGACUAUGGCUCUGACUCUGCCUGGAAAGUUCUUGAACUAGCAAUGUCGUGUUCGAGACUUUCUUCAGCAGAAAGACCAAACAUGGCUCAAGUUGUUCAUGAGCUAAACGAGUGUCUAAUGUAUGAGAAAUCUAGAAGAGGAAAUAGUCAAGACGUAAGCUCGAAGAGUUCCAACGAAGUGAACACAAGCACUACAAUUGCUCCUAUCCCUCGUUGACUCCUGUCUAUUUUUAUUCUCUGUUGUAAUGGUUUAUCAUUUAUGGGAUGUAAAAUGGAUUUCUUGUUUUGUGUAUAAUUUUAUAUUACUUCGAUGACAAAGUUCUGUCUGGUCCCUUUCCUCUCGCUAUUGACUUCAAUAACUUAAUUGAAUGCCUGUUGUGA